CUCUGCCAGAUCUGACCUCCUCCAUCCCAAGCAGUGGAGCGUCUUCUCAGAUCCACCACAGUCUCCCUGGUCGUGACUGCCCUCGACGCUCCUGCGGCCUCCCCAACGCCGUGUGGCCUAGCCACUGCGGCUUCUCCUCUGUCUCAGGCAUCGGCGUUGUUUCUCUCGGUGCAACCUCUUCACCGACGCUCGUGCGACCUGCUCUUCCUUCGCCCCGCGGGGCCUGCUCUUCCUCCGGCCUGCACGGCCACUCCUCCGAGAGAGCUAUAGAUCUGAGAAGCGAAGAGUGUCUAGAUGGCGCCGCUGCGAAUAUCGUCCUCUGAAGACGGGAAGUGGGAAAGGCGUCCAACUCCUGCUCGCACGUCCGGGCUGCUUAGCCGCCUCUCCAAAUUUCGCAUUCGUCGCCGCCCCUCCAAAUUUCACGGAUUCAUAUUACACAACGAGAAACGGACGACGAUGAGGGGUCGUCCCAAGAAGCAGCAGGGGACCACGAGCUCGGCCGCCGCAGCGGUGAAGGAGAGGGAGGCGGCGAGGGGGAGGCCGAGAAGCAAGGGGAAGGAGACGGAGAUGGGUGGAGAGGGUCAGGAGCCAGCGACGGAGAAGCAGAAGAAGACCCAGGGGAAGGGGAUGGAGAAGGAGAAGGAGAAGGAGAAGAACACGGCGGUGAGGGAAGACGGCGAGCAGGACGACAACAACGAGAAGGAGAAGACCGCCGCCGGCGCCGGGAACGUCUGCCCGCAGUUCUUCAAGGUCUUCUUCCCCGAGCUGUCGGGGGAGCGGUUGAAAAUUCCACCCAUGUUCCGCCAGCACCUCCAGGAGCAGCCUACUGGACCAGUUUCUCUGAGAGGUCCUAGUGGCAAGAAAUGGCAGGCAACACUUGCUUCAGAGUCCGAAGCGUGGUUCUUUGAGCAGGGAUGGAAGGAAUUCGUGACGGAUCACUCCAUCAACAAAGGUUACUUCUUGGUUUUCACAUAUGAUGGGCCCUCUCAGUUCUCCGUGGUGGUGUUCUCUCCGUCAGGCGUCACCGACCCAAUAGCUUUGAAGGCAAAGCCUACAAAUGAGGUAGUCGUUAAGAUUGAAGAGGAUGAAGAAGGCAUCCAAGGGGACAUGGAUGCAGGUGGCGCCUCUGAGGUACCAAUUCCCCCCACACAAGAGGGCAAUGUAGUAACAGGAAGGAGAACAAGAGCAAUGACUGCUGGCGCCUCUGAGAUACCACCUCUCCCCACAGAAGAGGGCAAUGUUGUGACAGGAAAAAGAACAAGAGCAGUGACUGAUCUCCCAGCAGAUGCCGAUGCAUCAAAGAGGAUUCAAGCUGACAAGAGGAGGUCUCAAGCUGGAACUUCAAAGGAUGGGCUGACAAUUGUUCGCAAUGCCACCUUCAGUUUGUUGGACGAAUCUAAGACUUUCAACAAGACUCAGGUCAGAGAUAAGAAUGUGCCUAGGAGUGGAAAAUUCCUUUUGAAGACCAGCAGGGCACCGGUUGUAAUAUCUCAAAGGCGCCCGGUAACUGAAGAGGAGAGGGACCUUGCUCUUAGAAAGGCGAAUGAAUUUAAGUCAAAGUACCCUUUCACCGUGCAAAUAAUGAUGGAAUCUUAUGUCUAUGUGGGAUUUUUCAUGAACAUCGCUUGCGAUUUUGUCAGAAAGUCACUUCCCCACACAAACAAGAAGAUGACGCUCUGGGAUCCCCUAGGGAAGCCUUGGGAAGUUAACUAUGUUUACUACAGUGACCGCUCUGUUGGCUCUUUCAGUGGUGGCUGGGGUAAAUUUGCUCUAGGAAACAAUCUGGAGAAGUUUGAUGUCUGCAUCUUUGAGCUUUUCAAGGAGGACAACAUAAAAGUGCACAUAUACAGGGUUGUCCCAGAGAUAACUCCCCUCCUCCGUGCCAGCAACAAAGACUAGGCAUUCCUUUGCACAUUCAAGGGCGCGGUCCUAUUGAUCUGCGGCUAGUGGAGAAUAAGAAGACUGAUUGGUCAUUCACAUGCUGGAAAGUGCUUCUGUGCUCGUUCAAGAGAGAGCACACUAAUAAAUUUCCCAAAACAAAUAAGUGACUAUAAACAGAGUUGUUAUGUGUUCAUGUUCUGGUUGGAACCCUGGUGUAAUGGUUAACUUAUAUCGCUGUGAACUUGCAGCCAUUAGAGUGAUUUGCUAUAUGAACAGUAUUGUUGUUUCCCCAUUAACUUUUUUCUUGCGGUUUAUAACAGAAACAUAUCUUUCAGUAGUAGAAAAAAAGGAGAGCUGUCGCAAUUUAUCUGAUCGGCUUUGUCUUGGCUGGUGGAGUGGUAGUUGCAACAUGUGGCUCUUGGGUGAAACAGAAGCCAUGACUAUGACCAAAACACUGGUUGCUUUAUGAAAUAGUCUAGCCAUCGUUUGGUUUGGUUCCUUU